CGUGUCGCGCUCGUUAUUCAGAGAAGAAAAACGGUUUUUGUGUUAAGUUUGUGCAGUUUGAGUAAGAGGGAGGGAGGGAGAAAGAGAGCAUGUUGUGAAGUCUGCUUGUGUAUCCAGGUUAAAACUAAUGGUUGAAAAUGUAGCCGUUCAGCAGAAUCCAUGGAAGGACAGAUGAGGCCAUAAGUGUAUGAGUUCCGUGGCGGUGAAGGAGAAUCAGGGAGUGUGUGCUGUACAGAAGAACAGCAGUUCUGAAGACUCUUGUGACAUUUUCUCUUUGGAGCAGCUGACUGGCAGGCCUUCCAUCCUGCGGCAGUCACAAGCAGACAACAUUAACAGGACUGGACCUAAAGGAGCAAAGGUUUGUUUUCAAACUCCACGACGGGACCCAGUCACAAAGCGGAUUAUGUCCCCGAGCCGCACCAGUGGGACAAACAGCCAGGAUGACAGCACUAAAGCUCUGGAGACUUUCAUGCCCUUUACUGACCAGAGUUCAGUGUUGAACAACACAUCCACCACACCAGUCAACAUGCAGAGUAACAGUGUUUCUUUACCUGAUGAUGACAUCCCUGUUCAGAGCAAAGUAGCCUUCACACUUGAUCUUGACAAUCUAGAUGCCAUCAACCCUUUCCAGAGUUCCAUUAAAAUGGCAAAUUCUCCUCCUGAACCUUCUACUUCACCCGUGAGUUGGGCAUCAGAGCUUACAGAGUCAGAUACAACUACAGCCAUUGCCUGCACACCUAAAGAUGACCAGAAGAAUCUAGAGGUGACAGACACUCCACUAGAUGAGACCCUUCCAUUUGUCCCGUCAGUAGAAAAUUCCCUUGUGGAUAAUUCCGACAACAUAUCUUCAGCAGAAGGCACCGUCAUCAUCAAGACAAACAACAAUGAGAAAAGCAUCACAGACACUGAGGAGUCUGAUAUUACUGAACCAAUCCAAGAAUCAAAGCUGAUUGCUGUUACAGAAGAUCAGACUCGGGACUCACCACUACCUCCUGCAGGAUCAUAUAAUCUGGACUUUGACAACCUUGAGUUGCUCGAUCCAUUCCAAACCGGUGGCUCAAAGAUCCAAAACUCUCCAAUGCUCAGUAAGGCUGAAGGAGUUCCUGAUCCACCGCAGCCAAGUGAAGAAGCCACGCACGAACCAGAGAUCUCAGCACAGAUGUCCCCAACAGUCCCUGAUGCUCCCAGUGCACCCGAGGAGAAGUCAACUGUAACCGAGGGCUCCCCAUCUACAACGUCCCCCAAGGAGAACCCAAUGCUGUUGGAGUUUAAUUUUAAUGAUGUAGCUGAAGUCAAGUGCAAACCACCACCAAAACGACUGGGGGUUAAAAGACCUGCUGGUGCCAAGCCUGUCUCCAAAAAAACAGACACAGUUGUCAAGAAGAAAGAAUCAGAACUCAAGCAGUUGUCCCCUAAGAAUUUAGAGGAGACUGAACCUGUGGACGUUCCUCCUGUUAAGGGUUCUUACAUGUUUGAUUUUGAUGACCCAAACUUUAACCCCUUUGGAACAAAGGCUAAGAUGGGUAACUCCCCGCCGCGUGGGAUCCAAACCAGCCCGGUUUUGAUGGAAUCUACACUUCCUGUUGAGAAGCUGGGGUCCCCUCCACGGCAGGAGCAGACUGAGACUGUUGUACAGGAUGAGGAGCCUAAGCCCAGGUCUCCUCAAGCUGUUUCUGUAAACAAUGAUAAAGUUGAAGAAACCAUGUUCUUGGUCACCAUGCAGCCAGCGGAAGAUGCAGAGGCUUCUAUACCAUCUGCUGUUUCCCACAUUAACAUACCUCAGAGCCCAGCCAUUCACAAACCGGAGCUCACGGCCACUGCAGAAUCCAGACCGGAUCUUCAGAACCAGACCUGUGAUCAUGUUGUGGUAACACCAAGUGAAGAUGAGUUUGUGCCCGGUGCAUUUUUCAUGUCAGGAGGAGACUUUGAUGGACCGUUUGAUUACCUGGAACAGUUCGGAUCAAAUAAUUUUAAAGAGUCUGCGUUGAGGAAGAAGUCUCUGUAUUUGAAGUUUGACCCAUUGCUGAAGGAGAGCCCAAAGAAAACUACAACGGAGAACAGUGGAUUCAGCCUGCCACGCCCCUCUCUUGCCAUCAGGAUGAUGGAAGCUGCAAAAUCUGAGGGAAAGCAGAAGUCUCAAUGUAACAACAUGAAGCUUCUGGGUGAUUUGCCUCCACCAGUGGUGAACAAUGUGGUGCCAGAUCCAACUGUUCUUGAUUUACUGGUUCCCACCUUAAAACAGCCAGUGAAGAUGGAGGACUCCAUCAUAGAGGUUCUGAAGUACAGUCAGAGAGACAUGGAUGCUUCGCUACAGAGAGCAGAAAAACAGGCGGAGGAGAGGCAACAACAACUGAGUGCUCAGAUUGAAGCGUUGGGUCUGGAGAAUCAGCAAAUGAUGUUUAUACUGUCAGAGUUUGAGGCCACCAUCACUCAGAUCACAGAUGAGCAUAAACAGAAAGAAGACAGGGCUAAAAUUGAGUUGGAACAAGCCCUUCAGGAAAAAGAUCAGCUGGCCAAAGACUUGAGUGAUUUGGAAAAAUCCUUCUCCUCUGUUGUCAAACGCCUAGACAGAUGCAAGGAAGUUAUUGAAGGAUUUAAAAAGAAUGAAGAGACCCUGAAACAGUAUGCUCAGAACUGCAUGGACAGACUACAAAAAGAGGAAAAGCGUUAUCAAGCUCUUAAAGCCCAUGCUGAGGAGAAACUAGACCAUGCAAAUAAAGCCAUUGCAGAUGUUCGUACUAGGAUGGGCGCAGAAGUGGCAACACUGCAGGUGCAGCUCAAGAGAGGGCAGCUUAAAGUUCAGUCCCUAGAGAAGGAUCUGGAACAAAAGGCUAAAGAAGUCAAAGACGUCACAGAGCUGUGUGAUGAGCUGCUGCUGAAAGUACAAAAGCAUGGGUUUUAAUGUGCUUGUCUUUAUUUGUGUUGUGCGUUAUGUAUUUGUCUUAAAGCGGUUUUAAUAAAUAAUAAAUGGAGUAUUAAUGCAUUAAUACAUUUUUUUC